AUGGAUUAUAAUGUCAUUCACGAUGAAAGAAACAAGCAGUUUUACAUCGACCUAGGCCAGGGUAAAUAUUUAAUUGUAAGAUAUUGUUUGAUAUUUGUGUGUUGCCCAGUAACCGGGCAUAUUUGCAAGCAUAGGAUAGCGUCCAUUGUGAACUCAGAAAUGUCGGCAAAUUAAGCUACAGCUCUUAAUGUAUGUGUCUUUCAGGGGUAUGCUACUGGGUAUAAUGAAAAUAAUUUUGCCGACAUGGUAACCAGUGUUGAUUGUUCAUGUAAUUUCUGAAUACUAUAUCACAGAAUAUGAACCUUACAGAAGGUUGAUUUCUUGGUUUUGCCCAUGAUUUUAGAAUAAACAUUGAAAUGCUGUCACCAUGCUCGUAGCCAGUGCUCUUAUGAGAGGCAUUCACCCCCCUGAGAAUAUUGAAAAUGGCAAACGUUCAGGGGGGUGAAUGCCUCUCAUAACCACAUUGACUAGGAACACUGCAACAGCAUUUUGAUGACGAAUCAUGGCAUGACAGCAGUUCUGCUUUUUCUGAGUCGACCAGUAGGGGUGCACUGGAACCAAUUUUUUAAAGUUCUGGCCGGAACUGAUUUAUUCAUCAAGGCGAGAGCUUACAAAUGUUAGAAUAAAAAGAUUGACAAACAUUAAACAUCAUAAUGAAGUGUUUAAUAGUGUACAUUUUCCUUGUGUAGUCCAAAUUUCUUCCUAUUGUGAACUUUUGUUAGACAAAAGAAGUUUGAUAUUCUAUCUCUCUGAAAACAACAGAGUUCCAAUUCCGGCCAUGCUUUUUUUAUUAGUUCCGGCCGGAACUCUGAAAAAUCAAGGUUUCAGGUGAAACUAACCAGCCGAAACAGAGUUCCGGUGCACCCUAGGUACCAGGCCACCGAAUUGAGACAUACAGAAGCUAUCAGUGCUGAAUGUAUCUGUGAAUACUGUAGUUUGAAAAUAUAAACUAUUAAGUAGUGUACAUGUAUUUUUAGAAAAGGCAGUACUUGAAUAUCAGUUUCUUGAUGGAGAAGAGAACAUUAUGGAUUUUUAUCACACUGGCGUGCCUGAAAGUCAAAGAGGAAAAGGAGUAGCAGCCCACUUAGUCAAGGUAUCAUUGUCAACCACACAAAUUAUCUGACAAAUUAUUAAGAACAAAAACAUGCAUUGAGGCUUAAUUGGUUGGAUUAAAUUACAAUUUUUCCACAAUGACAGAGUUAGGACUGCGUUGUAAAGUUAAUGUUCUGGUCAGGCACAGAUUUUCUGGGGGUUGUGCACCCCCCAGAAAUUAUUUGCACACCCCCAGAGGCAUUUGGCACCGCCCCCAAAAUUUUUUGCACCCCCACAAAUUAUAUAUAAUUUGGUUUGAUAGUUUCAUAUUUGAUUAUUCUUACUACUAAAUUUGUAAAAUUACCAAUAUUAUGGUCUCAGAUCUUGCCAUGUAGGCCUAGAAAACAAAUUUUGUUAAACUUUUUCCUUGGCCUUAACGGGUGUUGCCACCAGGCCCCGGCCAAAGCAAGCAGCGGCACCCCCCAGUUAUUUAUCCACCCACCCCACCCCUGAAUGAAAAUAUGAAAGUCUGGUUAUGUUAGGUUAGGUUAGCUUCUCUGUAAUUUGGUGAACUCUCUUUUAUCAUUUUAGGCUGCGUUUUCAUUUGUGGUCGCCCAGAAUUUUAAAGUUCGUCCAACGUGUUCUUAUGUUGAAUAUUACAUCAAUAAAAAUAAACCUUCGGAAAUUAUUGAAAGACUAGAAAAAUAA